AAGCCACUAACCAUUCUGUUUGAUUUGUGAACAGGCAUCGGCGGGGGCAUCAUCCAGCACAACGAGCUGAUCCACGGCAGUACGUUCUGCGCGGCCGAGCUGGGCCACAUCAUGGUGUCUCUGGACGGGCCGGAGUGUAUGUGCGGCAGCCGUGGCUGCAUCGAGGCCUACGCAUCAGGCAUGGCCCUGCAGAAAGAAGCCAAGAGGCUUCAUGACGAGGAACUGCUGGAGGUGGAGGGGAUGGUGGAUCUGAAGAAGGCCGAGUUCGUCAGCGCCAUCCACCUCAUCAACGCAGCCCGCCUGGGCAACAGCAAGGCUGGAGCCGUUCUCAGAACAGCCAGCAUGGCCCUCGGAGUGGGCAUCGUCAACAUCCUCCACGUGGUCAACCCCUCUCUGGUCAUCCUGUCGGGAGUGCUGGCCGCCCACUACCAGGCACCUGUCCAGCAGGUCAUAGGUCAGAGAGCCCUCACCUCCGCCCAGCGCAUCCAGGUCCUGAUAUCCGACCUCGAAGAACCCGCCCUACUGGGGGCCGCUAGCAUGGUGCUGGACUACACAACCAGGCGCAUCUAUUAAGAACAUUACGGUAAUGGACUACACAUCCAGGUGCAUCCAUUAAAAACAUUAUGGUAAUGGAUUACACAACAGGUGCAUCUAUUAAGAACAUUACAGUAAUGGACUACACAACGGGUGCAUCUAUUAAGAACUAUUGGUCAGUUGUCAAGCUCUAGUUUUCAUUUGUGGUCCCCAACGGAGGAGGGACAUAUCUUGCAAUUCCCUGGUGUAGAAAGAUUUGCUAUUAGCAAAUAGAAAUGGCUAAGAUAGAAGGUAGCAUCUACAGAUAGAUCUGCUCAAUAGGGCCUACAUUUAUGCUGCUGUCCCAGAUGGGACAAUCUGACAUGCACAUGCUCUUCCAGCUAUCGACACCUUCGAUUGGACGAACCGUUGACGGUCAUU